AUGCUCCGAGUGCCCGCAGCACCGCCACCGCUCGCUUUCGUCGCCGUCGUCGUGCCGUCUGACGGCGCGUCCGCCAAGAAGAAAACGAGAAAAAAAGGAGAGAAGCCAAACGAGAGUACAGGCGCGCUAUACAGAGCGAAAGAGAGGGGGACGAUUUUCGCGAGCGCGCUCGCGAAACAUCCUCUGGUCGACCGUACACGAAUUUUCCUCGCGGGUUUCCCCCAGGUUCCCGUCUCUCUUUCUCUCUCUCUCUCCUCAUCGCUGUUCGCCGCGUUUCGGGGCCAUUUUGCCGAAAUGAAAAUAACACCGCGAGCCGCCUCACGCGGCUUCCCCGCGUCUACGGUCCUGCUCCUCGCGAUCCUCGUCUGGUGCGUGUGCUCGAUCGCGCACGCGAGAUCGCACCGCCUGAGGACGACGACGUCCGACAGCGGUGGCAACGGCACCGAGUCCGUCGUCAACUGCGAGCUGGUCUUCGAGAACAUCACGCUCGCACCGGCCGCCGCGGACCCUUCGAAAACGACGUGCGGCGGCAAGUGCUGCGGCGUGGAGAUGGAGGCGCGUCUGAGGCAACAAGCCCGGGCGGACUUCCACGAUCUGAUCCAUCAUCACAGUAGAAGUCUACAAGGCCUCCUCGCCACCACCGCCGACGCUCUCAGAGAGACGGUGAUCGUGUUGCUGCAGCGAUCGGAGAACAAGACCCUGGUGAUGUUCGAUCAGGUGUACCGCUCGAUGGCGGUGCAGAGCAAGCCGUCGAUCCGGGCGCUCUACCAGGCGAUGAUGGACUACGUGUCGCCGGCCAACACCCCGGACAAUCUGCAGCAGCCGCUGACGCGCGAGACGCUGCAGGAGCGCAUCGGCGAGUUCUUCACGCGCCUCUUCCCGAUCGCCUAUCACUACGCCAUCAAUCCGCAUCAGGACCGGCAGGACUUCACCGACAAGUUCAAGUCCUGCCUGUACGAGAGGAUCGACGAGAUACAGCCGUUCGGCGACACGCCGCAGGACAUAUUCAAGAAGAUCGGCAAGAGCCUGGAGGCCACCAGGAUCCUGGUGCAGGCGUUGACACUCGGUAAAACUGUCCUCGACAAGACUGACAACGUGUUAUUUAGCGCCGGCGGCAGCAGCGGUAGCAGUCCGCAACAGGAGGCCUGCUACGACGCCCUACUUAGGAUGCUCCAUUGUCCCAGAUGCAAGGGAAUGGACGUACGUCCCUGCAACGGAUUCUGCACGAAUGUGGUGAGAGGCUGCCUGACGGAACCGGCGUCGGAAUUGGAUCUCGCGUGGUCCGGUUACGUGGAGACGGUCGAGAGGCUCGUCGCGGCGGUGAGCGGCAGCACCGAUUUCCACGGCCUGAACGUCAGGAUCGCCGUCAGGGAGUUGGACUCCCGCAUCUCGGAUGCCAUCAUGCACGCGAUGGAGGACGGUCCGCGGCUCGAGGAGAAGGUGAGAAGGGUGUGCGGCCGUUCGGAGCUGCUGCCGCUCGACGACGGGAAAAGCCCAGUGUCCUCGGCCGCAGCUGCGAAAUCGUCCGCGUCGUCCGCCGGCGAGGUGCACGCAGCUGCGUCGCUGUUACCGUCUCACGCGCAAGACGACCUGCUGAACAAGUUGCAAAAGCAGCUGGUUAACUUCCUGGCGAGCGUCCUCAGGUCCCGCUUCUUCUACGCCACGCUGGCAGACGUGAUCUGCGAGGAGUACUCCGACAAGCAUUGCUGGAACGGCGAACGCGUCGGCGAGUACACGAAAACCGUGGUGGACUCCAGUCCGAACGCUCAGAGAUACAAUCCUGAAUUCACGAUAACGAUGUCGUCGACGCCGGCCACCUCCUACCCCAGCAAUUCGAACACCAGCGCGCUCAUUGACCAAUUGAGGCACAUUAAUCAGGUGGUGCAGUCGCAAUUGGCGUCCGACUUCGGGCCCGACGUCUUCCUGGCGGACGAGGCCCUGGACGGCUCUGGCAGCGGGGACAGCCCGUCCUGGAGGCGCGGCAAGGGCGAGAUCGACGAUGACGAGGACGGCCACGAUCGCGGCGGCGACGACGACGACGAGGGCUCCGGCUCCGGAAUGGAUCCCACCACGACAGACCCGUCGAUGAAGACUCAUCCGAACGAUCCGCACCACGGCGGAUCAUCGACGAUCUUGCUAUCAUCUGUGGCCCUCGCCGUCGUCUGCGCAUCGUUUAUCGCUUAA